AUGAGUUCACCUUCCAUCCCCGGCGGCGACCGACCCGAGGAGCGACCGUCUCAGCGAAAUUCCCCCACCCUAUGGCAUCCGGCCCGAGAGUGGCUUGAAGAGGACGACGAAGAGGAUGUGGACUUUGAGCCGGACUCUGAAUUCUCGGAUGAUAGAGACCUGGAUGACGGAGGUCCUUUGUACGAAGAUCCGAACAGUUUUGGAGUUUACCUCGAUCCGGAGUUGCAUCCAGGUGUGCAGAUCGAGUUCACGAUGGAGGCGCCGAAUCCCGAGGACGGCGGGGAUGGCCAGGCGGGCCGACAGAAUCGAGCCCGAUUGCUCAACCUACUAGCUUCUAAUGGCUUGCGACACAUUCUUAAUUACGACGGCUGGCCUGCGGGUGCCGACGACGACGAUGAGGACGAGGAUCCUUACCAGGGCUUUUUCAGAUACCGAAGACAGCCGCGACGAGCUAACAAUGCUCAGCUUCCGAAGGUCCCGAGCGACGAGGGUACGAAAUUGAUGCGAACCGGCGACUUUGGGAGCAAUACGCAUUAUGUGGAUGAGUUGAAGAAACGCAAACGAACACUGGCAACGAAGAUGAUGUGGCGAGAACUAGGCAUCGAUGUAUCCGGCGGACCGAAGAGGGAGGUUCAAUCCAUAUCGCAGGACCUAAUACCAGAUUCGAUCGCAGACAAAAUAAUCCAUUUUGAUUCGAGAUGCUAUUCCGGACAGUUCUCGGACGAUGGCAAUUUCUUCUUUGCCUGCGCACAAGACUUCAAGGUUAGGAUGUACGACACGUCCAAUCCUUUCGAAUGGAAGUACUACAAGACAGUAACCUACCCGUUCGGUCAGUGGACCAUCACCGACGCCAGCUUGAGCCCGGACAACAGAUUCUUGGCCUACACAUCUAUUCGAAACCUUGUGUGUCUUGCGCCCACGGACCCACUGGAUUCAUCCGACCCCGGGGUCUUGGAUCUGUCCAUACUACCUGGCGAAAGAGGAGGGCGGCGAAACCAGUUUGGAAGCUCACAUUUUGGAAUCUGGUCUAUCCGAUUUUCGGGUGAUGGCCGUGAGCUUGUGGCUGGCACAUCCGACCACUCGGUGAUCGUCUACGACAUAGAGACGCACCAGUCGGUUCUGCGCUUACAAAACCAUGAGGACGAUGUAAAUGCUGUUUGCUUCGGUGACAAGUCCUCGCCCCAUAUCCUCUAUUCCGGCUCCGAUGAUUCCACGUUACGGGUAUGGGACCGACGCUCAAUGGGUGAUGGGCGUGAAGCUGGGGUCUUUAUGGGCCACACUGAAGGGUUAACCUACGUCGAUAGCAAGGGCGAUGGGCGAUACGUCAUUUCCAAUGGUAAAGACCAGUCGAUGAAACUUUGGGAUCUUAGAAAGAUGAUGACGACGGCCAAAUUCGAUACUAUCGACGUAAACAACUAUACGAGCGGCUUCGACUACCGAUUUGAAUCCUAUCCCCACAAUUACUAUGAACCACAUCCACAUGACUGCUCGGUUGUCACCUUCCGAGGCCAUCGGGUCUUGAAAACCUUGAUCCGAUGCCAUUUCUCACCUCCUGGAAGCACGAACUCGAGAUACGUAUACACGGGAAGCGAGGACGGCAAGGUUCAUGUGUUUAACAUGGACGCCACUUUGGCCGGAACGAUCGAUGCGGGAGCCGCGACGAAGAACUCGCGACCGCAGGAUCCUGAUAUUUAUACUACUGCAUAUGAGCUCAGGAGUAGGAGCGGUGAACCGAUGUGGCGCACAUGUGUUCGAGAUGCAAGUUGGCACCCCAACGCCCCGGUGCUCGCCGCGACAUCGUGGAAUGGCUGGGGCUUGUCAACCGGCACCUGUACUCUGCAUAGCUGGAAUGACUCUGCGGCCGAUGACGAAGGUGAUCCACCGCUCGGAAGGAACUAUGAUUGUGAACUGAACUCGGUGCCUGAAUUUAACCGACAUAAGGAGGACAGUGGGCAUCGGACAUCUUUGAGAAGUCGACCGGUGAUGAGAUAUGAUGAAGAUGACGAAUCCUACGAAAUAUGGUGA